AUGGCUAGAGAUGGUGGUGGCACUUCAAAUUUGAUAAAACAUUCGCUGAAAUGUGGUGGAAGAGGGAAUGGAUCUUCUUAUCCUCCACUUGAUCAAGAAAAGUAUAGGGAAAAGAUUUCUGAGGUAAUAGAUGGAUCUUUGGAUAGAAUUAGAUUGUGUGUGAAAUACAUAAGAGGCUCAGAGGCUCGAAAAUUAAAGUUUGCAUCUUGUUUAGAGCAACUCUCAAAUGUGACUUCUAAGCAAGUUCGUCAAGACUUGCCUAUUAGGUGGAAUUCCACUUAUCUGAUGCUUGAGACUGCUAUAGGUCAACGAGAAGCUUUUACCCUCCUAAGUGAUAUUGAUCCCUACUUUGAUUGUUUAUCAAACGAGGAGUGGGAUAAGGUAAAAACCAUAGCUGAUUUUUUGAAGCCAUUUUAUGAUAUCACAGUUUUUUUUUCGGGUAGCACUUAUCCAACCGCCAACCUCUAUUUUAGUGGUGUGUGGAGAAUUCAUAUGAAAAUCAAGGAAGUUGCAUGUGUUGAUCAUAGUGAGUUUGAAAAACAAAAUCAAUUAUGUUGCAUGGCUAGAAGAAUGGAGAAUUUUUUUGAUAAAUACUGGAAUUCUUAUAGUGUUGUUCUAUCAUUUGCUGUCAUCUUAGAUCCUAGAUAUAAGUUGCAGUUUGUUGAGUGGUGCUAUGUGAGGUUGUCAGGUAGUGAGGGAGUACAAGUUGCAAAGUUGAUUUUAGAUAAGUUGAAAGCUUUUUUUCAAGAAUAUCUCAAGUCCUCAAAUGAGACAACCGCUUCAUCUAUACAAAGGUCAAUUAGAGGUAGUCCAAACAUUCCCUCAAAUGACUUACAGGAUUUUGGGACUUACGAAACAAAUGAGGGUAAAUAUCUCAAACUUUCUAUAUUGGCACGUGACCUUUUGAGCAUUCCAAUUACUACAGUUGCAUCAGAAUCAGCAUUUAGUAUAGGUGGACGUAUACUUGACAAGUAUCGAAGUGCUCUUAUACCUGAAAAUGUUGAAGCAUUAUUGUGUACACAUGAUUGGCUUUGUGGAACUCCAGUGGAACCACCUUGUUCUCAAUGCUUGAAAAGGGUUAAUAUUGAUAACACAAUCGAAGCUCCAAUCAUAGCCAUCGAAUUUGUAAUAGAUCCGGCAGCUCCGGCAUCAGGACCUGGUGCCGGAGACAACGAGGGACUGAGGUCUUGGGCUGAGGCUACGGUGGCUGCAAAGACAAACACAAAAAGAAAGGAGAAGAACUUCAUUGUAGUAGAUGAUGAUGCCAUUGUGAAACUGUAG